AAUAUAAAGGACAUAUUCUGACAAGAGGAGACGGGGAAUACAAUCCACCUUUGAAAUAUACCAUAUUUCCAGAUCGUCAGUACCCUCUGACCCCAUUCUGUGACAAAUUGUGCGCAAUCGACAUUUUGAAAAAGCAUUUAAUUUGCAAUAGGACGAAUGGAGAUUCUACAAUUGUUAAACUUCAAAAAGUUUUACAGUGUCUCAGGAUUUUAUUUUGAAAAUUUCAACUUUGGAAAAAUAACAAAUGGAUCAUUUAGAAGUGUGUCACUCUCACAAAAUAUUACAUUUCUACAUCUACAAGAGUGCAAUAUCACACAAAUUGAAUCUGAUGCACUUUUAGGACUACGACACCUGAGCGAGCUCUUCAUUCAAGAUGUAAAAGACAAUAAAAAGGGUAUAUCUUACUUAAGCUAUUACAGACUGCAUCAUUGUCCAAACAUAUCCGUCAUAGGCUUUGGAAAAGUCAGAUAUCUUGAAAUUAAGACAUUUUCAGCUUUGCCUAACUUGAAACGAUUGGACGUACGCCAUAAAAGCCUUCUUAAGUAUGAGGGUGCAAUUAGCUACAUUAAGAGGUUAGAAAUAUUGUACUUGAAUGGUAUUGGUUUAAGAAAGAUCCCAUCAUUUAUACCAUCAAGUACGCCUUGGAUUCAUAGUUUAAAACUUGAUAACAAUUUUAUUACAACUCUUUCUUUUAACGGUUCAUUCAAAACAUCAAAAGAUUUUUGGCUAAGUGUAAGAAAUAACAAGAUAACUAAGAUCACCAAAGCGGAAAUGUCCCAAUUCAAACACGCAGCAUCACUAGCGCUUAAUCUUAAAGAAAAUGAUGUGAGAGAAUUGGAAAAAGAUUUUCUCGAAGACAUCAAAAUAUUGACAGAAAUCAAUUUAGAGCAAAAUAUUCACUUUGGAAACAAAAAUUUCUUCAACAUGAUUAACAAUUUAAACAACAAAACAAUAAUUCGAAA